UCGAGCCACUUGACAGUGUAUAGUUCAGAUCGGCAAUACGGGAACCUACACGUAAAUAAUAAUAUAAUAAAAUAAAGAUGCCGCCGCCCGGUGGACGACACGGUGGAUACGGUCCUGGUCCAGCUCGCCCUCCGCCACCACGUGCCAACGUCAAUGUGGGCAUCAAUAUUGGAGGCCCGCCGCGGCCAGUGAUUGGCUUUGCUCCGCCACCGCCGCCAGCACUUGUUAUAGGUGGACCACCCCCACCUACUGUAGUAAUUGGCGCUCCGCCACCGCCAGCUAUGGUCAUCAAUGCACCACCUCCACGGCCCGCCGUCGUAGUGGGCGCCCAGCCCACAGCCACCGUAUAUGCGACUCCGCGCGAUGAAAUUUUCUGCUGUGUGAUACUUUGA